GAUGUUAGCAGAGUCUCUUUGUUGUGUAGAGAAAGUGUGUGUGAGCUCCAACAGUUCUGAUCCAUCAGAGCCUCUGUGUUGUGGUAAAAUGUGUAAAGUCCAGAUGCUGAGAGCGUUGGUGAAGCAGCGACUAACUGCGGCUGCUGAAGAGAUAUGUGGGCUGUUUGAAAGAACGAUAGCAGAGUACGAGGAGGAACUCUCUCGAUCAAAAGAGGAGAACGAGCGACAACAGAAACUACUGGACGCUGUUUUACACCCUCAGCUUCAGUUACACAGAGCAGUGUUUCCUGCAGACGUCCAGCAGCUGUUGGUGAGUCAAGAAGAGGUUCCCCCUGAGCAGCAGGAGUGGAGCUCCAGUCUGGACCAGGAGGACCCAGAGCCCCCACACAUUAAAGAGGAACAGGAGGAACUCUGGACCAGUCAGGAGGGAGAGCAGCUUCAAGGGCUGGAGGAGCCUGAUAUCAUCAGGUUCACAUUCACUCCUGUCCCUGUGAAGAGUGAAGAUGAUGAAGAGAAACCUCAGUCCUCACAGCUUCAUCAAAGACAAACUGAACAGAUGGAAACAUUAGCUGAUGGAGAGGACUGUGGAGGACCAGAACCAGCCAGGAACUCAGAUCCAGACGUCCAGCAGCUGUUGGUGGUUAAAGAAGAGGUUCCCCCUGAGCAGCAGGAGCGGAGCUCCAGUCUGGACCAGGAAGACCCAGAGCCUCCACACAUUAAAGAGGAACAGGAGGAACUCUGGACCAGUCAGGAGGGAGAGCAGCUUCGAGGGCUGGAGGAGGCUGAUAUCACCAAGUUCACAUUCACUCCUGUCCCUGUGAAGAGUGAAGAUGAUGAAGAGGGAUCUCAGUCCUCACAGCUUCAUCAAAGACAAACUGAACAGAUGGAAACAGAAGCUGAUGAAGAGGACUGUGGAGGACCAGAACCAGCCAGGAACUCCGAUCUAGAUAGACAUUCAGGACCAGAUGCUGAUGACAAGACUGGAAACUCUUCUGAAUCUGAGACUGAUGACAGUGAUGAUUGGAAGGAGACCAGAGAACCUCAGUCAGAUUUAAACUCUCUGAAUAAUGAUGUAGUUCCUGUCAGUGAUUCCAGAUGUAGUGCUGGGGAGAAACCAUUUAGCUGCUCUGAGUGUGAGAAAGGAUUUAACCAAAAGGCGAAUCUGAAGAGACACAUGAGAAUUCAUACAGGAGAGAAACCUUUCAGCUGCUCAGUUUGUAAGAAAUCUUUUAUACAGAGUGGAUGUUUACAGAAACACAUGAGAAUCCACACAGGAGAGACACCUUUCAGUUGCUCAGUUUGUGGUAAAGCUUUCAUGCAAAGGGAUCCUCUGAAGACACACAUGAGAUCUCACAUAGGAGAGGAACCUUUCAGUUGCUCAGUUUGUGGUAAAGCUUUCAUGCAAAGUAAUCAUCUGAAGACACACAUGAGAUCUCACACAGGAGAGAAACUUUUCAGCUGCUCAGUCUGUGAUAAAGCUUUCAUUGAUUGGGAUUAUCUGAAGAGACACAUGAGAUCUCAUACAGGAAAGAAACCUUGCAGUUGCUCAGUUUGUGAUAAAGCUUUCAAUUAUAGUGGAGAUCUGAAGAGACACAUGAGAAUCCAUACAGGAGAGAAACCUUUCAGUUGCUCGGUUUGUGAUAAAGCUUUCACUGAGAGUGGACAUAUGAAGAGACACAUGAGAAUCCACACAGGAGAGAAACCUUUCUGUUGCUUGGUUUGUGAUAAAGCUUUCAUUGAUAGUGGACAUCUGAAGAGACACAUGAGAACUCACACAGGAGAGAAACCUUUCAGCUGCUCAGUUUGUAAGAAACCUUUUACACAACGUGAAACUUUACAGAAACACAUGAGAACUCAUACAGGAGAGAAACCUUUCAGAGCCUCCAGCCAGCUGCUCAACUGAACAGAUGGGAACAGAAGCUGAUGGAGAGGACUGUGGAGGACCAGAACCAGCCAUGAACUCCAGAUAGAUAUUUACAACCUGAUACUGAUGACAAAACUGGAGACUCUUCUUAACCUGAGACUGAUGACGGUGAUGAUUGGAAGGAGACCAGAGAACCUCAGUCAGGUUUAAACUCUGAAUGAAGUCCCAGUACGUCGUAUGACAGUUAUUACUGGCCAAAAAUAGCCACGCUGCUCUGAAUAUAGGGAUGGGUAUCAUUUCGAUUUUAAUAGUACUACUAAUCUUACCGAUAUUUCUUAUCAAUCCAGAACUUUAACGAUACUUUAAUCGGUUCUUUUUGUUAUUUUUUAAGAGAAAAAUCGAAACAAAUUAAGAACAGAAUUAACAUUGCUUUAUUUUCUUAAAUGUACUGAAUAUAAAUAAACAUUGUUGAGUAUCAACUGCAACAGCAGAAGUGGCCACCAGAUGCUCGCCGACGAGCUCCCCUCCCAGGUCCGGCUCCAGGAGGGGUCCCCGGUCUCCUUUGUCCGGGCGAGGUUGCUACAGUCCGUUUCAUCCGUUUCAUUGAGGUCUGUGAAUUGCUCUUGGUCUGGCCCCUCUCCUGAGACCAUUUUGCCUUGGGAGACCCAACAAGAGCUAUUGCCCCCGACAACACAGCUUCCAGGAUCAUUAGGGCACACAAACCCCUCCACCACGGAAUGGUGGCGAUUCAAAAAAUAUUGGAGGGGAAUUUAUACAAAAACAGGAAAUGCAAAAUUAACAAUUUAUUGCAAAGGAGAAUACAGUGUAAAUGUUUGAUCGGAGCAUUUCAAUAUUUUAUGUUUUGCUACUUGUUUAUUUGACUUGUUUGCUGUAGUUUGUUUAUCUGCUGAUGAGUUGAUGUUUUUACAGAUUGAUCUGAUUUGAUAUGAUAAUGUGAUGUACUUUUAUAGGCUUUACAUAUUCUGUAUAUUGAUCUGUUUGGAGCAUAUUUACAACAUAGAAAAGUGGAUAUCCUCCCCUACACUGCCCCUUUUUCUUUUCUCACUACUAUAUAUUCAUGAAUGUUUAUUGAAAUGUGGUGAGAUACAAGGAGCACUCUAUGUACAGAUGUCCACAGGUGGCAGUGCUCUUGUACAACGUUAAACUGUCUAAUAAAAACAUGAACAUUAACUUUAAUUUGGCAGCAACAAAAACAGAUGAAAUAUUAGAUUUACACUCAGAGAUCAAAACUUCUAUCUUCUGUCUGAAACUUAAAGGAAAGGGAAACAACCUACCAUCAUCUUUUGAAUGUGGUUCAUUGUUUUCUCAGAGCUCUGAAAAUAUAAUAAAAUAUUAGUCUUUCUUCAAACUGAGUUGGUUGAAUCUGUAAAAAGCAGCGAGUGUUUCCCAAAUUGAAAGGACUUAAUAAAGGCAACACAAGAAGUGAAA